GAUUUUUAUCACAUUAUUACUAAAAUUGUAAUAGAUAUGUUAACAAAAUAUAUUUAAUGCAAAAUAAACUGAUACUAAACUGGGAGAGAUUUAAUGCUAAUAAAUGGAUAUAUUAACAAAAAAAGUUUGGUCCAUAUGAAUUUGAAGUUCUGAAUUGGUAUUUGCUAGAACAAGGAAACUUUAAUUUUCUAGGAAAUGCCAUCUUUGAAAUUCAAAGGCAUUUAAGAUAUAUUUAAGAACAUACCUUUAUUUUGUUUAUUAUAUACCACAGAGAAUCUUCAUUCUAUACCUUAGUUUCUUAUUAAGCGUGAUUAUCUUCAUUGUAAGCAACUUUAAUUGUUUAUAUAUUUAUUGGUUGGAUGAUUGGUCUGUAUAUCUCCAUUACUCUCCUUUAAGGUUUUGUUUUAUACAAUCCCAGACAAAUUUGCAGAGCAAGAGAGAUGGGAACCCAAUUUCUACAUGUAGUGCUAGUUCCAAUACCAUCUCAAGGCCAUAUCAGUCCCAUCUUACAACUAGGCACCAUCCUUCAUACACGAGGGUUUUCAAUCACAGUAUGUCAUCAUGAAUUUUAUCCUGUCGAUCCAUCAUGUUUCCCUCAUCUCAAUUUUCAACCCCUCAAAGAUGGAUCUUCUAACAACAACGGAUCUUGCAACGAUGACAGUAGCAGCUCUUUCAAUUGGGUGGAUAGUAUACUAUCUUUGAACGACAAGUAUAAAGUUUCACUUGAGGAUUCCCUGACUCAAAUUGUAAGAGCAAGUAGACAGCAAAUAAAUAAUUCACUCCCCUGUGUCAUUUAUGAUGGCUGGAUGUAUGUUGCAGCGCAAGUGGCCAAUGAUCUAAAUCUACCAAGUGUAGCGUUUCACACUUCUAAUGCUGGGAAUUUUAUGAACUACCUUAUAACUCCUCGUCUUUUUGAAGAAGGCCAUAUUCCCAUCCAAGAUUCAAAAUUACUCCAACAAGUUCCUGGUUUCUCGCCUUUCAGAUUCAAAGACUUGUCCCUUCCAAGCAUGGAAAAUUUAGAUGCUAUGUUGAAGCUGUCAACUUUUUUCUGUGAUACAAGAACAACUUCAGCCAUGAUUAUUAAUACUAUAGAAUUCCUUGAACAAUCAUUGUUGGAAAUGCUUAAAAAACAUUUCCAGAUUCCAAUCUUUUCAAUUGGUCCAACACACAAAGUUAGUCCAACAAUUUGUAGUAGCUUGUUAGAAGAAGACACAAGUUGCAUUUCUUGGCUUGACAAGCAAGCUCCAAACUCUGUUUUAUAUGUAAGCUUUGGAAGUAUAAUCUUUCUCAAUAAGGAGGAGUUAACAGAGCUGGCAUGGGGUUUAGUCAAUAGUAAACAAUCUUUUCUAUGGGUGAUUCCACCAAGUUCAUUGGGUGGUUUGCGAUCUUUAGAAUCAUUGCCGGAUGGAUUUGAAGAUGCAAUUAAAGAAAGAGGUUAUGUCGUAAAGUGGGCACCACAAAAAGAAGUCCUUGCACAUGAUGCAGUAGGAGGAUUUUUCAGUCAUUGUGGGUGGAAUUCAACCGUUGAAAGCAUUUCUACAGGGAUUCCAAUGAUAUGUAGUCCGAAUUUCGGAGACCAACUACUGAAUGCUAGGUACUUAAGCCAUGUAUGGAGCAUAGGCAUAGAAUUAGAAAAGGGUUUUUGCAGAGAGGAAAUAGAGAAUGCUAUAAGGAGGUUAAUGUCGGAUGUGGAAGGGAAAGAGAUGAGAAAAAGGGCUAUGGAUCUCAUGAAGAUGGUUGAAGCUAGUGUUCGCAGGGGUGGAUCUUCUUCUAACAACUUGAAUGAGCUAGUAGAUUUUAUCUCGUCAUUUUAAGUCACCACUAUAUUGUUGGUGAAACUUAUCAGUCUUAUCAAUAUCUUUCAAACAUUUGUUUCAUACAAAAGGAGUAUGAAGAGCAUUGAUUGAGUAGAAAUUAUUUCUCAUCUUCUGUAUAUGUCAAUUGAUCAUAUAAUUUGACAGUA